AUGAUCACCCGUUGCCUGGCGUCUGUUGCGGUUCUCCCUCGUCUUCCUCACUAUUCUGUCCUGACGUUAUCCCGUGGUUUUGCUACUCAUGGUGCGCUGGCGGAUAAACUGAAGGCAGUAGUGGAGGAAGCCAAAUCGACAGGAACGUAUAAAUCGGAGCGUAUCAUUACAAGUCCACAGGGAGCGAGUCUCCACGUUGAGGGUGGCAAGCAACGCGAUAUUCUGAAUUUUUGUGCCAACAAUUACCUCGGUCUUGCUAACGAUCCACAGUUGGUCGCUGCGGCUGCGGAAACACUGAAGACUCAUGGGUUUGGUUUGAGCAGUGUGAGAUUUAUCUGUGGAACUCAGGAUAUUCAUAAGAAACUUGAGAGGACCAUUGCAAAGUUUCACGGUAUGGAGGAUUGCAUUUUAUUUCCUUCGUGUUUCGAUGCAAAUGGUGGUAUAUUCGAGACGCUGUUGAGUGCGGAAGACGCUGUGAUCUCGGAUGUCUUGAAUCAUGCGAGCAUCAUUGAUGGAAUAAGACUGUGCAAGGCCCAAAGGUUCAGAUAUAAUCAUCUGGACAUGCAGGACUUGGAGGCCAAAAUUCAGGAGGCUAGCAAUGCGAAAAUCCGCCUGAUUGUUACGGAUGGGGUUUUCUCAAUGGACGGUGAUAUCGCUCCACUCGACAAGAUCGUCGAGUUAGCCCACAAGUAUCCUAAUACCUAUGUUAUGGUGGAUGAAUGCCACGCCACUGGAGUCUUCGGUGCCAAUGGUCGCGGUACUCCUGAUAUGUAUGGCGUCAAAGUGGACAUCAUAAACUCGACGUUGGGGAAGGCUCUCGGUGGUGCGACCGGUGGAUAUACGGCAGCGUCUUCUGAUAUCAUUGAAGUGAUGCGUCAAAAGGCACGCCCUUAUCUGUUCAGCAACUCGGUGGCUCCCAGCGUUGUCGGUGCCAGUCAAGUCGCCUUUGAGAAGUUGGAGGAAAGUCCGGAGCUUCAGGAGAAGCUGGCGAAGAAUACGGAGUAUUUCCGCAAAGCUCUCAACCGUGCUGGUUUUACCGUGUUGGGCGACUCGCGUUGUCCCAUCGUCCCCGUCCUCCUCGGUGAUGCUAAGCUCGCGACUCAGUUUGCUGACGCCCUCCUGGAUAGGGAUAUCUACGUCAUUGGGUUUAGUUACCCUGUUGUACCCAAAGGCCAAGCCAGAAUCAGAGUACAACUUUCCGCGGCGCAUACUGAAAAACAGCUGCAGAAGGCGGUGGCCGCAUUCGUGUCUGUGGGGAAGGAAUUGGGUGUAUUAGAGCCCAUCACCGGAGAUGCAUACACCAUGUUCACUGAGAGAGGUCGUCGCGAGGCCCAGGAUGAUGAUAUCUCAUGGUUCAAAGACAACUAAUGUUUUUAAUUUACCAGUUAAAUAUUGUUAUGUUUCAUUGU